AUGGAACGACAUUCAAUCAAUGAUCCUCCUGCUGGUCCCCAGCAGCAAGGAAAUGCGCCCCCGGGGUUCCCCCCGCAGCAGAAUAACAAUGUGCUGGGAUCGAUGACGCAUGGUCCGCCGCAAUUGCCACCGCAGAUGUUCACCACUGCUGCUCAGUUGUUGGAUUUAACAGAUAAGAAACUCGUUCUGGUUUUGCGCGACGGGAGAAAAUUGAUCGGAGUGUUGAGAAGUUGGGAUCAAUUCGCGAACCUUGUUCUUCAAGAUACCAUCGAGCGAAUGUAUGCUGGGAACCUUUAUGCCGAUAUCCCGCGAGGCAUCUUCCUUGUCCGAGGAGAGAAUGUGUUGCUACUUGGUGAAAUUGACCUUGAUAAGGAAGACGAUAUCCCAGCGAGUGUUCAAAGAGCCACAAUCCAAGAAGUUUUUGAGCUGAAAAAAAGAAAGAAGAUGCAGAGCGGAAAACGGGCGAUAAGAAACGUCAAAACAAAUUACAGUGUCUUGGGUUCGAGCCCGAACACAGCGGAGAGAUUCUGUUUUAGGCGUCGAACCUAA